AUGGCGGUUUCAAAGGCUUUCUCUCUUCUGAUGGUAGCAGCGGCUCAGUCUCCUUCCAUAGCUCCAGUGCCGUCACCAGUGGUCAGAUCACCGUCUACGUCGUCGGUGCCGCCGAGGGGCGCUCGGUCCCCGGCUCCGAUGUCAACCGCUAUGCCGCUUCCGGCACCGGCGACUCCCUCUCCUACGCCGGCGGACGCGCUUUCGCCGCAGUCUCCUCCGCCGGCGGCAUCUUCCCCGUCCCCGUCCGUCGCCUCGCCACCGUCGGACAUCGCACCAGCUCCCCGCCCCAACGGCGGCGCCGUAAACAGGGUGGGGCUCGCGGCCAUCGCCGCCGGAUUUCUGGCGGUAGAUGCUAAAGAUGUUGUGGACAAGCUGCACAGCAGAGAAUUUGAUGGUCACCUACUCCCAAUAACUGAGGACAUCUACAGAUUGUUAGAUUCUCUCCAAUGUAGGGGAGGACCUGUGGUGUUACUCCCCCCACUAAGCUAUGUUGCUGUUAUGUAA